UUAAAAUGUCAGAAAGGAAGAGGUCUAGAGAACAUGGAGAGAGAGAUGAUCAUAAGAGAAGGAAAGAUGACAGACAUGCAGACCGACAUGACAGAAAAGUAAAUGACGACCUUAAGCAGCAGGUGCAGAAACGGAAACAUAUUGAAACUUUCUAUGAAAAACCACCACCAGGGCUGAUUAAGGAAGAUGAAACAAAGCCAGAGGACUGCAUUCCAGAUACACCAGGCAAUGAAGAUGCCAGAGAGUUUCUUGCUCAUGCACCUACCAAAGGGUUGUGGAUGCCUUUGGGUAAAGAAGUCAAAGUUAUGCAGUGCUGGAGAUGUAAGCAGUACGGCCACAGAACAGGAGACAAGGAAUGUCCGUACUUUAUACAAGGCAAUCAGAAACUGGAACAGUUUCGAGUAGCACAUGAGGAUCCCAUGUAUGAUUUGAUUCAGGAAAAUAAACGAAAGGAAAAGGAAAUGAGAAUACAACAGCUAAAGCAGUUACUGGAGGACUCAACAUCAGACGAAGACAGUAGUAGCUCCGGUUCCUCAAACUCCAGAGAAAGACAUAAGAAAAAGAAAAAGAAAGAAAAGAAGAAGAAGAAAGUCAAGAAGAAGAAAAAGAGGAAAAAACAAAAGUCUUCAAAAUCAAGAGAGAGCUCUGAGUCAGAGUAAAAGGUGUCCGUGACAAAACUGUUUACUCCUGAGACAAAGGCCUUGAUAUGAACUGAUGUACUGAAAAUGUUGGCAACGUUGGCAAUGUAUGGCUAAACUGCUGUAGGAAUCUUUUUAUUGAAUCUACUUUUCCUCUAGUAAAACAAGGGACAUUUUGUAUAAGUCCCUAAUUUCUGCAAUCUUCAAGCUGCUGUUAGAAAAUGCUGAAGUUUCAUGCUGAGGUGGACAUAGCUAAAUACAUUGCUGUGACUGAACAGUCUUCUGUAGAAAGUAUAUAUAAAUUUUAUUUGGUACAUAUAGGCUAAAAACCCAUGUUCCAAGUCAAGCUGCUAGCCCAUUAGCAAAGUGCACAUCUGACAUUUUUUUUACUUAUGUUAUAUAAUGUGCACAACCUGCGCAAAGAAUAUCUUGCAAAAAGUGAGUUGUAUUUCUUAAAUCAGAGGUUCAUGCACAGCUGACAGACUACUGUAGAAUGAAGCAGAAGUAUUUCCUAGAGCAAUGGUGAUAGGAGAUUUGUUUACUUCAAAAGGUCUUUUGUCACUGUAAUAGUAAAUCAUAACAUUAUGGCUAUACAUAUGUUAUAUCCUUAUAUACAUUUUUUUUUCUCAGCAUGAAGUUUGAGUUUUCAUUUAAUGUCUUAUUGUGAAUGGGCACUGACAACAGGUAGUUGCAUAGCUCGCCUGUAUAUCGAUAAUUGUUGCAUGCAACUGUUAAUGACUUCUUACUAUUUUGAGUGUUGCAUAUCAGCCUACACACCAACAGAAGUUGAUGUAUAUUUAAGUAUUCUUUGAUUUGUGUGUGUUUUUUUUUUCUUGCUACUGGAAACUAAAUCUGUCAACAGCUGUAAUUCUGGUUGUGAUAUAGCAUGGCUCCUAGAAAUUUCCAUUUCUGUUGUCUUUUUUUAGGGCCGGUGUUGAACACAGGAUUGGAGGACUAUGAUAGUUAAAACUUUGUUUCUUACAGAAA